AUGAGACUCCCUCAGUCGCUUUUCCUGCUGGCUGUGGCCGGGUCGUCAGCCCGAGCUAGCAGCGACAAGGCUGCUCGCCCUCGGGGCGUGGCUCCGGAAUUUGCCAAGUACUACCAGGACUCGAACACGUUUACCUGCAUCUCCAAUCCCGCCGUCCAGAUCCCCUUCUCCGCCGUCAACGAUGACUUCUGCGAUUGCCCGGAUGGCAGUGACGAGCCUGGCACUUCGGCGUGCUCGCAUCUCUCACGCAAUUCUCCUCUGACGGUCGCGGAUCGCCCUGGGAACAACGACGAAGAAGUCACGGCUGCAUUGCCUGGAUUCUACUGCAAGAACAAGGGCCACCGCCCGUCAUUCGUGCCGUUCCAGCGCGUCAACGAUGGAAUUUGUGAUUAUGAGCAAUGCUGUGAUGGAAGUGAUGAAUGGGCUCGUGUCGGAGGCACUAAGUGCGAGGACCGCUGCAAGGAGAUUGGCAAGCAGUGGCGGAAACAGGAGGAGCAGCGCCAGAAGUCUAUGAAUGUUGCGCUGAAAAAGAAGAAAGCACUCCUCGUGGAUGCUGGCCGUCAGCAGCAGGAGAUUGUGGACCAAAUCACUGGCUUGGAGGCCGAAAUCAAGGGUGCCGAGGCUAAGGUGGAGGGUCUCGAGGCUGAACUGAAGGCUGUCGAGGAAGCGGAGCGCAAGGUUGUUCGGACAAGUGGCAAAGGCGCAGGCAAGGUCAAUGCUCUUGCGGGCCUUGCGAAGGGCAGAGUCAAUGAGCUGCGCGAUGCGCUGCUGGAAGUCCGUCGGCAGCGAGACGAGACCCAUUCACGGCUGAAGGAGCUCGAGGAGAUCCUGUCCAAGUUUAAGGUUGAGUACAACCCUAACUUCAACGAUGAGGGUGUCAAGCGUGCUGUGCGCAGCUGGGAGGACUAUGCUGCCCGUGAAAAGGUUGAGGACACCAACAAGGCCCAGGACCGUGACUUGGAUGAGAUUGCCAAGGAGGAUGGCGAGAGUUCCGGUAUCAACUGGGAGCACUGGGAGAACGAAGAGGAUGGCUGCAAGGACUCCGACCUAGUCUACCAGCUUGCCGCUUAUCUUCCCCCGAGUCUCGUCGCGUUCAUUGAAGACAAGGUUCUUUCGUUGCGAUCCUUCCUCGAGUCUAGCGGAAUCCUCGCCAAGCCCGAUGUGGAUUCCUCGUCCGAGUCUAAGGCUGUGACUGAUGCACGCAACGCUCUCAAGUCCGAGGAAGACUCAUUGAAGGCUCUGAAGAACAAGCUUCGUGACCAACGGGCCGACCUCGAGAAAGACUAUGGCCCGGCUGGCAUUUUCCGUGCCUUGAAGGAUCAGUGCAUCUCCCGGGAUGCGGGUGAGUACACAUACGAGCACUGCUUCUUGGACGGCACGAAGCAGAUCUCUAAGAAGGGUGGCUCUUCCAUGUCCAUGGGCAGGUUCACUCGGAUCGGUUACACGGCCGUUGAAGAACUGAACGACGCUGGAGAGAUCGUCUCUGUCGCGAAGAUCGCGCUCGAGUAUGAGCGGGGCCAGCACUGCUGGAACGGGCCUAACCGGUCGACCAAGGUCGUGUUGGAGUGUGGCGAGGAGAACGAAAUCCUGAAGGUGGCCGAGGAUGAGAAAUGUGUCUAUUCGAUGCUUGUGACUACCCCGGCUGUCUGCGCUGGAGGCGAAGAGAACGGCCACCCUCCUCGCUCGAAGGAUGAGCUGUGA